CAUGUAUACCAAUACACUUUUCUAUAAAUAUAUGGUGAUUCUUCCUUUUGGUAGAAGUUCAAUUAAGUAUUGGUUAAUCAAUAAAAAAAUAUAAACGCAUGUUUUGAUAAGUUCAUGCGAAGGACACAUGCUCGUCUUAGGUGCAUGCUGACACGCUACGAUAAUACGAUGUGCUAAUCCUUUCCACUUCCCCCACUCUCUCUCUGUCUUCUUCUCCUCUGCUUCUUGAAGUCAGUGCACAUUUCCAGAAAGGAAUAACUCUUAAACUUCUCUGUAAUGGGACUUCUGGGAUUUUGUUCAUCAGACGAAAAGGAAAAUAAAAUGGCGGAAGAAGAAGAGAAAGAGCCUCUCCUGGAAGCUUCUCCCGCCCCACAAGGUGGCUUCAGAACCAUGCCCUUCAUUGCUGGAAAUCUGGCAUUGAUGGGGAUGGCGAAUUGUGGGUUAACUCCCAACAUGAUACUUUAUCUGAUGAGGGAGUACCGAAUGGAUAUGGCUACUGGCUCGAAUGUGCUCUAUUGGUGGAAUGCAGCUUCGAAUAUCACUCCUGUUGUUGCAGCUUUAAUGGCAGAUUCUUUUGUGGGUCGGUUUCAGAUGAUUAGCAUCGGAUCUGUUAUUAACCUUUUGGGAAUACUUAUGUUUUGGCUAACAACUAUUCUACCACAAGCAAGGCCGCCUCCCUGCGCUGAAGCUAACACCAUUUGCCCUUCUGCAUCAGUUCUCCAACUUCUGCUUUUAUACCUUUCUUUUAUCCUUAUAUCCAUUGGAUCAGGGGGAGUAAAAUCUUCUUCCUUGGCAUUUGGAGUUGAUCAGUUAAAGAAUAUCCAAAAGAAUGGGAGAGCAAUGGAUAGCUACUUUGGCUGUUAUUAUGCUGUUAACAUGGUAUCCGUUCUCAUUUCCAUGACUUGUUUGGUUUAUAUCCAAGAGAACAUGGGAUGGGAAAUUGGUUUUGGAAUCCUUGCCUUGCUUAUGCUAUUUGCUACAAUUUUCAUCCUCUUGGGUUCCCCAUUCUAUGUGAGGUCGAAGCCCAAAGGAAGCUUAAUCACGGGUUUAGUUCAAGUGAUUGUAGCUUUCUAUAGAAAGAGGAAUCUCGUGAUACCAUCUGAUGAUGAAGAUUUUAUGGCAUACCAUCAUCAAGGUACCAUGAUAUGCUCCCCAAGUGAAACACUGAGGCCCCACUAAGCAAAACCUGUGUACACAGGUUUUUGAAUAAGGCAUGCAUUAUAGAAGAUCCCCAACAAGACAUAAAGUCAGACGGGAAAGCAUCAGAUCCAUGGAGUCUUUGUACAGUAGAACAAGUAGAGGAGCUUAAAGCAUGCCUUAAGGUAAUCCCAAUAUGGGCCACUGGAGUUCUAAUGAACAUUAAUGUCAACCAAGGCACCUUUUCCACGCUUCAAGCGACAACCAUGAACCGCCACAUAGGAUCAUCAUCUACAAGCUUUCAGAUCCCCACUGGCUCGUUAGGUAUCUUCUCAUACGUCUCCAUCAUAACGUGGCUCGUGUUGGACGACAGAAUCAUUAGACGACAUCUCCAUUUCAGCCCGAAGGCGAGAAUGGGGUCGGGAAUCUUCCUCUCUUUCCUGUGCGUUGUGGCAUCAGCCUUGGUGGAGGCUUUUCGGCGGAACCUCGCGAUAAAGGAGGGGUUUUCUGAAACCCCCGGGGGAAUUGUGGAUAUGUCUAUUCUGUGGAUCAUACCCCAGUCGUUUCUCGGGGGGGUUGCAGAAGGAUUGAAUGCAGUUGCACAGAACAGGUUCUACAUUUCAGAGUUCCCUCAAAGCAUGUGGAGCAUAGCGUCCAACUUUCUCGGGCUAGGAAUGGCGGUGGCAAGUAUGCUGGCGAGCUGUCUGAUGAACCUCGUUAAUGAGGUUACUAAAGGUUGGGAAGGUGGGAGCUGGAUAUCGAGCAACAUAAACAAGGGUCACUAUGACUACUACAAUUGGGUGCUUGCUGGAUUGAGUGUGGUCAAUCUUUUGCUUUUCUUCUUCUGCAGCCGUGCAUAUGGCCCCUGCCGGGAAGAGAGGAAGGUAAAGGGCGACAUUGAAGUAGAGUCUUAGUGACAAUCUUAGAGUGUUCAUAUACCACCGACCACCGUAUAGCACAACUUUUCUUUUUUAUUGUUGUAUUGCAUCAUUUUGGUACCCUGAUAGAUAUAGAAUGAAACAAAUUAAGGACUCUGUACUUCGUAGUUAUUUGGUAAAAUUUCAUCGUCUCUAACUCCUCCUGGCAGUUCAUAUUGUUGUAAAUUCUGGCAAACCUUCUUUGGGCCCAAACGAGAGGUUAUGAUGGGGUCUCAAAGGGGUGGUUUCUUCAAAGUUUUUCCUGUUGUUCUUGCGGAGUUGGUUCCCAUCGAGGAGGGGGUUCCUCUGUAGCCGUCCAAAGAUCUAUCUGUGUGUUGCAUGACACUUAUACGUAUUAAAUUCUUUCUAAUGAAAGAAAAUCUCGUGUGUUGCAUGACACUAAUAUGUAUUAAAUUUUUUCUAAUGAAAGAAAAUUGUGACUAUAGAGACUCAUUUGUAAAUGAAUGCUAUUUCCCUCAAUAAAAUAUUUUGGAAGAAAUAGGCUUAAAUUGAUAACACAUCAUUCAAAUAGCAGGUAAUCCGGCAAAAAAAAUCUUGACAACCGCCGUCACGCGAACCAGACUCAGAAUUAAUCAUCUCAUUAGAAGCAAUGCAACUCCCUGAUCCAUUAAUAGGCACAAUUGAGCCAAAGACGGUAACCUCAAUCCUUUCAUCACCCACAUCCAAAUUCAGAGUCUUACAAAUAGGAAAAACAAAAACAAAGCACAUCAUAUAUAAAAAAAAUUGUCAC